GCCACCAAGAUGACGACUACACUAUGGAGUCGGAUGGCGAACAUGUGCAGGAAUACUUCUUGGAGUUGUGCGAACCAGCAGCCCUGGAUGAAAGAAAGAAAGAACUGAAGAAACUCAAAGCGAGUAAGGUGCAAAAGGACCGAAAUUUCGAACUUCUCAAGGGCUAUCUGGGCAGCUUUGGUGGCGAUUUGCCAACCAAAUUAGAAGUUCAGGCAGCGCUACAGUGGAUCUCAGAGAACGAGAAGAUCAACGAGCACUUCUCAGUGGUUCGAAAGAAGGGUUUAAAGAAGAAACAGCCAAAGACAAAGUCAGGACGAGCAGCUAAGAAACAUAGCCAGAAAAAGACCGAAGUCAGCCAAGUGAAGACUACUUCAAAACCUGAUGAUGCAGCUACCACCAUGACCAAGACACAGCCAACUGAUCACCCUGACAUGCUAGAGACACAGGUGAUGCAAGACUCACAGGGUCAACCUGAGGUGGUUGAUGAGGCCGCCUCUGCUGCACUGUGUGCAUCAGAUACGGCUUCUCUGUUGCGCACUGUGGGAUUGGCAUCCGAGGGUUCAAACGGACAAGAGGGGCACGAGGGGGCUGAAGAAGAGACGCGGACUGAUGAUGAGUGUGUAAAACCCACAGAAUACGACAGUCCUCCAAACACACAUGGAACAGGGGCUAGCAGUGAAGCUGCAUCUGCAGCACCACAUGUCGCAGAGGUGGAAGAAUCGAAGCCAGGCAAUUCGCCAGGCGUGGAAGAUGUGGUGGACAGUGAUGGGGGGGACGACGAGAAGACAAAAAAAGCGUCAGCACAGAGAGGGCCACAGAAGGACCGUCAAGCUUUGGCUCCUCUACAGGCCCAGAAAAAACUACGAGAGGCAUUGAGGUUGAAGUUUGGAAAGAAAGGAAAAGGUUUGAGUACCGAGGACCCUGACCGUGAGUACAAAGACGAGGAUGAUGAGUCUGAUAAUGCCAGCCAUGGCAAGGGAGGUUUUGAUGACGAGCCUGAAGAGCCUUCACCGGGGGGGGGCCUAGAAGUUUUGGAGGAAAAGGCAAAGGCUGCUGAGGCAAAGGUCUAUCAAGAUAUGGCAGAAACAGCCGGAGAGAAGCAUGAAGGUACACCCAAAAGGACCGCCAGAAAGAGAGCGACCCCCAAAAGGAAGGCGCAGGCUUCACCAAAGAAGGCAAAGAAAAGAGAAAACGAGGAUGGUGACGGCGCACCUCACGAGAUGACACCAAGGACAAAAAAGAAGAAGACAGCACAGGACGCAAAUGUCGCCGAGAUGGAGUCUUGGCGCCUUCAUUUGCGACACUUGCAGCUGCCAGAGGAUUGGGCCAACCGGAAGUCUUGGCCUCAAACCAUCAUCGCGAUGAGCUUUGCAACCCGUGUCAAGUGGCGAUGCGCCGUGAAAGUCGCAGCCUGGGAAGACAUUGAUGUGCAGCUCUUGGAUAUGUUUUGCGGGCAGAAGUCCCUGACCCGAGCAUAUCGUUGGCAUGGCUUCUUCCGCGCCUUGCAGUAUGCCUUGAGAGUGACUGAGAAUGGGCUCAUGCAUGGCGGACCGCCUUGUUCGUCUUUCGUUUGGGUGAACCGUGCUACUAGUGGACGUGGACGGGAUCAGCCAGAUGGGCGGGAUGGUGUCAGAAGCGUUUUUACUGCCAAUAAGCCGUUCUCGAAGUUCUUGUACAAAAAGCUCUCCAGGGCCAAGCAGGCCAAACUCCGCAAGAAGCUGGAGAAAAAAAACCUCAAGGCCAAGACAUUGGAAGACUGGGGAAUGGCUGACCUCGAGGAGAUUCGCGACUUCUUGCGAUCUGAAAGGGAUCAUGGGAUGGAUCCUGUUGCAGAGGCACUGCGUGCGGCCUCGGCACGUGCCGAACGUGCCAUGAAGGCGAAGUCGAAACAGCACCCUUCCAAAAGGACACCUGCGAACUCUGACCCAGGUGAGCAGAAAAAGGUUCCUGAAGAAGCCGGUGCACACCACCCUCCGUCCAAUGGCACCCCCGACUCACAGGCAACUACCAUACCAGGUGAUGACGCCGAAGCUCAACAAAUUGCUAGGGAGAACAAUGCCAAGCGACUUGAAGAACUUUCAGCUCAACAGCUUAGGUCAGAAGUGCCACCGCCCCUGAUUCCAGGAACCCCGCUGGAUGUCGCUGCUAUGCUCAACCGUGCUGGUACUUUGGAACAAUUAACGCCAGGGACCCCCCGAACCAGCCCAAGCACUCCAGCAGUGCCACCAUCUGCCACACCCAGCGAAGCAGAGCCCAAGAGGAAGCCCAGGGAUCCCGUGCAACGUGCGCGCAAAGCGCGCUUUUUCAGGACGCUGGAGAGCUGCAGCCUCAGUCCCAAUUCACCGGAAGAAGUGAAGGAAUUAGCGCGUCGUGCAAGGGAAGGAACUUGCAAGAAUGAGAAGCUACAGGUACUUUUUGAAGAGUGGUGCAGCUCCGGAGAAGACUGGCAACGCAGUGAAAUGAUAGUGCAAAUGCGUACGAAGAGGACACAUCGUGUAAAAGGCUGCAGGAAGUGGCUCACAGAGGCUGAGAUAGCUUCUAAGUACCAAAGUCCUGACAUAGCCAGGGACAUUAUCCUGGUGAAGCUUGAAAACCCGACCUUGGCCCAGACCCAGGUCAGGUUUCAUCCCGACCUACCUGGUCGCAUGGAGCAUCGCCAGUUUCUGGUUUACGACUAUGCCGAAGAAGUCGACCAAAAUGAUGAAGUAUUGGAAUCAUUGUUCAGGGUUGAAGAUGGGGAUUCCGAUGGAGAAACCCACCGAAAGUCAAAGGGUUCAAAGGAACGCAAACGUGGCAGAAGCCCUGUCAAGAGCAAAAAGAGCAAGAAGUCAAAAAAAAAGCGCUCCACUUCCUCGAGCAGUUCCAAGUCCAAGUCUUCGUCUUCUAGCAAAAGUUCCAGCUCGUCCAGUAAGUCAAACAAACGUAAGAAAGACAAAAAAAGACGUGGUGAGGACCCAAAGACAGAUGCUGAGAGGAAAAAGCAAGAAACGUUGAAGGUCAAGGAAGAAGAACGAGAACGAAAGCGAUUGGAGAAAGAAGAAGAAAAGAAGAGGAAGGAAGACGACAAGGCAGAGGAAAAGAAAAAGAAGGAGGCAGAAAAGGCAGAGAGACAGGCACGAGAGAAAGAAGAAAAGGAAGCGAAACGUCUUGAACAGAAGCACAAAGACAAACAAAGAUCACUUGCACAGAAGGAGAUCACUUCCCUGAACCAGGCCUUGCAGGACAUCUCAAAGCGCAAAGCACAGGCCCAGGGACUGUCGCAAGCGUUGAAGGAUGCGAUGCUGGACCAUCUCGAGAAUGAGAAGAAGGCCCUGACCGAUUUGCGCAGCAUCUUGGAGAACCACUUGGAGAAGGAUCAGGUUGAUCAGAUGGAAAGAGAUGCCAGCCGGGCUGCGGCUGCUGUGAAGCAGUAUAGGGAAAACAAAAAACGUGGCCAAGCCUUUGUGGCUCAGCACGAGAUCGACAAAGUUGCCAGUGGAGCUCCUGGGUGGCAGGUCAGCAGUGUGGAGGCCGCAAUGGAGACUGCUGCAGCUCACCUUAAGGAGGCAGGACAUCAAGGAUGUCACGACAUGACUUACAACAUGGCCAAGUACUCUGGCCAUAACCCUUCUCGCCUCUAUGGGGAUUCAGUGAAGGUGAGAUCCACCUACCAAGGUGUUCCCGGUGGCUUCUUUGCACUGUGCAAGAGCAUCUGCUCCACAGCACUGACCGGGAAGGCUGCCUCCAGAGCUGGACACUGGGUGUGCCCAAAAAAUAAGUUGACAUUCCAGGUCACCGAACUCCGGGGCGAUUGGCUUUGGCAUAAGCAAGUAUUUCGCUUUCGAAGCUCGUGGAAGGGAGGGAGUAAGAUGAAUCUCAUAGAGGCUUCCUUUUUCGGAGACUACCAGACUGAGAGCCUUCAAGAUCUUUUGGAUGAGGCGAAUGCGUUGGCGCGCUUUUUCGGCCUUCUUGAAAGGAGCUACGCUCCGAGCACACCAGCUCAAGUCCAAGCAGCGGCGUUGGUGCCUCCAGCUCGGGAAGUUGAG